AGACGAUCCUAAGCGCCGGGCUGCAGCCUCGUUCGUGUCAGAAAUAUGGCGGCGCCCAGCUCUGAGGCGCUGCAGCCCGGUGAGCGGCGGAGGAAGAAUAGCCGGACGCUUCUCGUGCGGCACCUGCCUUCUGCGUUGUCGGCUUCGGAGAAGGAGGAGUUGCUGAGGCACUUUGGCGCUUCCUCCGUGCGAGUCCUCUCCGACUACGGGAGGCUGAAACACACGGCCUUCGCUACUUUUGCCAAUGAAAAUGCUGCCACUCAGGCGUUAUCAAGACUUCAUCAGCUGAGCCUACUGGGCCACACUUUGGUAGUUGAAUAUGCAAAGGACCAAGACAGCAUUCAUGUCGUUAGCCAGUCUUCUGUCUCUGAAAAAGACAAAAGUCUUGAAGAACCAGUCAAGGAAGAGAAAGGGAGGAAAGAGCUAGGUUGCCUCCAGAUUGAAAAUGGAAUUGCUCCUAGCCAUGGAUUAACUUUUCCUUUAAGCUCUUGUCUCAAGUACCUGUACCCCCCACCUUCAAAUACAAUCCUAGCCAACAUAGCAAACGCCUUAGCAAGUGUGCCUAAGUUUUAUGUGCAGGUUUUACAUCUUAUGAACAAAAUGAACCUUCCCCCUCCCUUUGGACCAGUUACUGCACGCCCUCCAUUGUAUGAAGAGUAUAUUCCUGCACCCUUGCCACCUCCCCCAAUUCCACCUUUGCCUCCUGAACACCCUCCUUUGCCUGAAGAAGACAGUCAGGAUUCAAGCAGAGAUGAGUCAGAAUAUGAAAGUGAUGAUGAAGAAGAUAAGGAGAGAUACGCAAAACUGAUGGAACUAGCAACCCUUCAACCCAAGCGACAGAUACCUUCAAAGCAGCAUCGUGUAAGAAAAAAGAGAAGGCUAAAAGAUUUAUUAAAUGCUGCCCUACCUGUUUCUCACAGUAACUUGCAUCCAGCACUGUCACCUUCGGAUGUGUUUGAGCAGUCGCAGCCGCUUGGUCUAAAAAAAAUUGAAUUUCACAUUUCUGCAGAGGUGCCAGCUACAGUUCAACAAAGUCUGGAGAAAGAGCAAUUUAAUGCAGCUGAUGAAAUAUCAAAUGCAGGAUUUGGAAAAAUCUUCCCUGCUCCUUGUUCCAAUCCUAAAGAGGAGGUGGAAGAAGAAGACGAUGAAAUACCUUCAGAAUUCAUUUCCAAAAGAGAGCUAGAAAAAGGCAGAGUUUCUAAAAGAGAAAUGGGAACACUUUCUGUCUUCAAAAAUUAUGAGCCAGGAGAUCCCAACUGUAGAAUUUAUGUGAAGAAUCUGUCUAAGCAAGUUCAGGAAAAGGAUUUGAAGUUUAUUUUUGGAAGAUAUGUUGACUUUUCAUCUGAAACUGAACGUAUCAUGUUUGAUAUACGCUUAAUGAAAGAAGGCCGGAUGAAAGGACAAGCGUUUAUUGGGCUUCCUAAUGAAAAAGCAGCUGCAAAAGCUUUGAAAGAAGUGAAUGGAUAUGCUUUGUUUGACAAACCCAUGGUGGUUCAAUUUGCUCGUUCAGCAAGACCAAAGCAGGAUUCAAAAGAUGAUAAAAAGAAAAGAUAGGAGAAGAAAAAACCCUGAAGAAGCAUUCCUGCGUAAAUACUGCAGUAGUACUGUGUCAUGCAAAGUGUAUCCUUUCUUGUUGUAUCCUUUUACGUAAUUUUUUUUCUACAAAAUAAUUACUCUUCUAGUAUUGGCUUCAACAGUAAACAUCUCUAAUACUAGAACUUCACAAGCUCAAAUGUCCUAGGGACAAUUUAAUGAUUCCCAUCUAUUUAACAGGGUGUCCACAUAUAUUUAGCCUUAAAAUGUAAUAUUUUAAUCUUUUAUAUUAAGCAACACAGAUUUGGUAACCAGAUCAUCAGCCAGUAUAAAUUGCUCUGCUUACGUCGGUAGAGUUUUAAAAAAAUUUAUACUAACUGUGGUUCUGGCCCUGAAUUUGUGUUUAAAGUUCUUUAUUGCACAAUUUCACGGUGUUCAAAGGGAGAAAAAUGCAGUCUUGACAUUAAGAUGCUUAUGUGAUACUUUCCUUCUCUGAGUAGGAUUUACAUAUCAGCUGUUUUUUAAAAUGUUUCCUAUAGAAGAAAGGGACCAGGUACUGAAGCAGUAUUUGCUUAACAGACUAGCUAGAAAGUAAUAUUUUGGUUCUGUCUUUCCUCAUUGCCCAUCAGAGGACAAAAUUACUACUGUAUGCAAGUGAAAUCUUGCAAGUCCAAAAACACUUCUUCACUGAUUCUCAUUAUCUGAACCUUUCAGCUGCCCACUGGAGAGGUGUGUGUGUGUGUGUGUGUGUUUUAAUGCACCUUUAAAUCAUUCCAGGUUCGUUUUGAAUUCCAUGUCUUUCAAGUUCAUUCGAGCUCUAGGAGAAGACACCUGGUCAGCUGGAUUAUUGAACAGUGCGUAAUAUUUCAAAUGCAUUUAAAAACCCAGUACAGUUCUUCAGUCUUAGCUAUAUAUGUUCUUUUAAACAGUGACCUUCCAACAAGUCACACCGCAGAUGUGAAAAAGUGUAAUUUCAUUAAACAUGUAAUAAAUUAUUCAUUCUUG